AUGUGGGACGAACGCUGCCCCCUCCAGCAGCGUCAGGAGACAGGCCCACAGGUCCGCGCCAAGCCCUGGUCGACCACCCGGCGGAAGUGGCGGCGUCCGUACGUUGGAUAUUUGGUUCGAUUACCAAGAGGUUUUCACUUGACCCGAGAUUCUUUGAAAAUAGUAGGAUCAACUGGCUUUCCAGUGAAAGUAUAUGUCAUGGUUCAUCAAAAGAGUCCACACGUGUUAUGUGUAACCCAACGACUGCGAAAUUCUGAGCUGGUAGACCCAUCAUUCCAGUGGCAUGGGCCAAAAGGAAAAAUUGUUUCAGAAAACAGUACUGCACAGGUAACAUCCACAGGAAGCCUUGUAUUCCAGAACUUCGAGGAGUCUAUGAGUGGACUUUACACAUGUUUCCUUGAGUAUAAACCUACUGUGGAAGAAACGACUAAAAAUCUUCAGCUGAAAUAUGUUAUAUAUGCUUAUCGUGAGCCUCGUUAUUAUUACCAAUUUACAGCUCGAUAUCAUGCAGCUCCCUGCAAUAGUAUCUAUAAUGUUUCUUUCGAAAAGAAAUUACUUCAGAUUUUAAGCAAAUUGGUUCUUGAUCUUUCAUGUGAAAUUUUCUUGCUUAAGUCUGAAUGCCAUCGUGUUAAAAUGCAAAAAGCUGGUUUGCAAAAUGAAUUGUUCUUUACAUUUUCAGUUUCAUCUCUAGACACUGAAAAAGGACCCAAGCCAUGUACAGACCGUAGUUGUGAAUCUUCCCGAAGACUGUCUAAGUGAUCUGCAGCCCUGGAUCCUACAACCCCCGUGAUGGAAUUCACUGCCUUCAGUGCAAUAGCAGCCUGGUGUAUGGAGCAAAAGCAUGCUUAUAGGGCAUUAUCUGAGUUAUUUGGUGUUUUAUUAAACACAAAACAUAUUUUUGAAAUAUGAACAUAUAAUACAUCACUAUUAUACCAAAAUUAAAUAUAUCAGAUUUUACCAAAAAA